UACAUUUGCAAACUUCCUAAACAAGAAGAUCCAGCAUCCAUUCAGUGGGGACUGUCUGAACCCCCAAGUCAAUUAAGGAUAGGUUCCUGAUCAGAAGGAAUCUAAGUAUCGAUUAAGGCGCGUAUGUGAGCCCUCCAAAGAUCAGGGUAAAUAGCGCUACUUUGCAACCUCUGUGCAGACCCAACACAAUGAAUUCCAAUGUUGAAAACCUGCCUCCACAUGUGAUCCGGCUGGUCUACAAGGAAGUCUCCACUCUAACAUCAGAUCCACCCGAGGGCAUCAAGGUGUUCCCCAAUGAGGAGGACAUUACAGAUGUGCAGGUCACCAUUGAAGGACCUGAAGGUACUCCUUACUCUGGUGGCCUCUUCCGCAUGAAGCUGAUUCUUGGCAAAGACUUCCCUGCCAGUCCACCAAAAGGCUACUUCCUGACCAAAAUCUUCCACCCCAACGUGGGUGCCAAUGGGGAGAUCUGUGUCAACGUGCUCAAGAAAGACUGGAAAGCAGAACUGGGCAUCCGACAUGUCCUGCUGACCAUCAAGUGUUUGCUGAUCCAUCCCAACCCGGAAUCCGCCCUGAAUGAGGAGGCAGGGCGCCUCCUGCUGGAGAACUAUGAGGAGUACGCCUCCCGAGCUCGGCUCCUAACCGAGAUUCAUGCCCAGCCCUCCUCUGGCUUGCAUACCAAGAACCUUGCUGAGCCUUGCUCUUCUUCGGCAGGUGCCUCCGGGGAGGGUCCCAUGGCCAAGAAACACGCAGGUGACAGAGACAAGAAACUGGCUUCCAAGAAGAAGACUGACAAGAAGCGAGCUCUCCGGCGGCUUUAGGGGAUGGGGGGUGGUUGAGGGUGUGAAACAGGCACGUUGUGGGCAUUGGGGGUUCCAUAGUAC